CCCUUAUUUUUAUUUUCUCUAACCGCUUUAAAUUCGAAACUGCAUCAGUCUGUCAUUCAUUCCUCAAGACAGCUGGAGCCUGCCAGAAGGGGAAAAAUAGAGAAGGAAAAAAAGAUCCGGUGCUUCGCGCCUUCACUGCUCCUCCUUCUGGUGACCAUUUUCGCCGGUAAUCAUUUUGGAUAAGCUUCUUUGCUUCGACGGACACGCACAAAAACAAAACACCAAAGAAAACGCCAUUAACAAUGGCUCCCCCCACCUCCUUUUCAAAACAAACCUGACCAAUCAGUGACGACAUAAUCCCUUUGUUCAAUCAUAAAAUAGAAGAAAAGAAGUAGAAUAAGUAGUGCUUCUCUCUAUUCUCUACACCCUUCUCCCAGUCUCUUCAGUAGAGUGGUCGCCGGAGUUUGAUCGCUGGGUGGGGUGAAAAUGAGUUUCCGGGACGAUAACGAAGAUGGGAGGGGCGGCGGCGAUCUGCGGAAGCCGUUCCUACACACGGGUAGCUGGUACCGGAUGGGUUCGAGACAGUCUUCCAGCAUGAUGGGCUCUACCGCCGGGUUUCGCGACAGCUCCAUCUCCGUCCUCGCCUGCGUUCUCAUCGUCGCUCUUGGUCCUAUUCAAUUCGGCUUCACCUGUGGGUAUUCUUCUCCGACCCAGUCCGCCAUCACAAAAGAUCUCAAUCUUACCGUCUCCGAGUUUUCUUUGUUUGGGUCCUUGUCGAAUGUUGGAGCUAUGGUUGGAGCGAUUGCGAGUGGGCAGAUUGCUGAAUACAUUGGCAGAAAAGGGUCUCUGAUGAUUGCUGCAAUCCCCAACAUUAUCGGCUGGCUAGCAAUCUCGUUUGCCAAAGAUUCUUCAUUCCUCUACAUGGGGAGAUUGCUGGAGGGUUUUGGCGUGGGGAUCAUCUCUUACACGGUGCCUGUUUACAUAGCGGAGAUAGCACCACAAAACCUGAGAGGAGGCUUGGGUUCUGUCAAUCAGCUCUCUGUCACUAUUGGAAUCCUGCUGGCUUACCUGCUCGGGUUAUUCGUCCCAUGGAGAAUUCUAGCUGUUUUAGGAGUAUUGCCUUGCACGAUUCUGAUACCUGGCCUGUUCUUCAUUCCUGAGUCUCCCCGGUGGUUGGCGAAAAUGGGGAUGAUGGAAGAUUUUGAAGCAUCUCUGCAAGUUCUCCGUGGGUUCGAUGCUGAUAUUUCUCUGGAAGUGAAUGAAGUUAAGAGAGCUGUUACUUCUGCAGGCAGAAAGCAAGCAAUCCGCUUUGCUGACCUAAAAAGGAAAAGAUAUUGGUUCCCCUUGAUGGUUGGAAUCGGCUUGCUUGUUCUGCAACAGCUCAGUGGAAUCAACGGCGUACUAUUCUAUUCCAGCACCAUUUUUGAAGCUGCUGGAGUUACAAACGGCAAUUUGGUCACAUGUGUCGUUGGUGCCCUUCAGGUCCUAGCCACUGCUGUAACAACCUGGCUCAUUGAUCGAGCUGGCCGCCGAGUUUUGCUCAUAGUCUCUUCUAUUGGGAUGACUCUCAGCAUUCUACUUGUCGCUGUAUCAUUUAUCGUCAAGGAUUUUGUAUCAACCGACUCGAAUUUGUCCAACAUAUUGGGGAUUCUGUCAGUCGUUGGAGUUCUGGCUAUGGUUGUUACCUUCUCUUUGGGAAUGGGAGCCAUCCCUUGGGUUAUCAUGUCCGAGAUUCUUCCAGUCAACAUUAAGGGCCUUGCUGGAAGCACAGCAACGCUGGCGAAUUGGUUCGUGGUGUGGCUGGUCACCGUGACAGCAAACUUGCUCUUGACUUGGAGUGCAGGAGGAACUUUCAUCAUUUACACGGUGGUGAGUGCCUUCACUGUGGCAUUCGUAUCACUUUGGGUUCCCGAGACAAAAGGAAGGACUCUGGAAGAAAUUCAAGGCUCCUUAAGAUGAGAUCAUCCCUUUUGUUCUUCGACCUUCUUCUUGUUCUUUCUCUUCCAUACCGGUUUUCCGAGAUAUUGGGCCAACAUAUAGCAAUCUUAUGUACACCAUUUUGGGGAACAGCAAAGGAAGAUGUAGAAUUUGCCCUUGAUUUUGGCCGUUUUGUAUGUGGGUUGUUUCUGGGUCAUUGUGUGAAUAACAAAAUUCUAUAUGCCAAUUCUUUCAGUAAACAUGGACUUCAUAGGCUGUUCUUUUGCACAUUCUUUGCAAGCCCUCUACAAUUUCUUCUUCCUGGCUUGUUCGCCAGUUCGACACAAGUCGGAAAAAAUUACCUUCAUUGUAUAAGUCGUCAUCAUUGUUACUAUGGUGCUUGUAUACAGUGAUUAAUCCUGCGCAGGUUGACAUAAAAAUAAAAUAAAUACAGUCAU